UUUUCACCUUUUUGCAUCUUCUUCUUUUUGCCAAUACCAACGUUUUGGACUGUAGAUAUCUGCUCAUGGUUAAUGUGGAAAUAAAAGUUUCUUGCUUUCUUCGUUUUCUUGAGCAGUGUCAUCUGUUUGGUUGUCGAGAAAAUAGAUUUCAAACACCAAUCCACCAUUGUAAAUGUGAAAUUCCAGUUGUGGUCCAAGGCUCACCCCCUCCUCCUUUUGAUUAAUUUUCUCAGCAACCAAACGCAUUCUUUUAGUUUUCUUAGUAUAAUAUGCAACAUUUUUCAGAUCUAUCUGUUUUCUUUUGUCUUUACUUUAUAUUUUGAAAUGGAGGUUUCCACAAGCAGAAAGAAAAAUUUUUCAAAAUUGGUUUGUCUUGUAUUACAUGAACCGAUGCACACGUGACGGCGGAGCGUGUGGUAUAUCUCUUCUACUGGUUAAUCAUUUAAUUUAUUUUUGGCCGGAUUCUGGUUUGAAGACAUUCCACUGUCACUUUUUUCACGCUUCUGCUCGCACAUUACUUUGUGGCUCCUCACUUGUCAGUAAAAGCUUGAUUGAAAUGACGCAAAUACCCUUUCAACUCACCAACUUGAAAUUUGGGAGAAAUUGUCUUCACACUCUGAAAGUUAAAAGAUCCAUUGCCGCAUGCUUUGGUUUCAAAUGCAUAUUCACUAUAUGUUAGCCAUGUAUUAUAGCACAGGUAGGCACCAUUACUAUACAAUCUGAUCAUUCCUCUGCUAAUCAUGGAGAGAUGAUUCAUCAGAGAACAAUUCUCUAACGCAAUCCUUGCUGUUCUCCAACCAAUAUUUCUGAAGCUGAUAAAAUGCCAAGAUCAAGAGGUUUAGAAAUGCCUCAAAGGCAGUCACCUCGAGCUCCCCAUCCACUUAGGACAUCUAGUUCUGAGUCUGACCCACUGAAUCAUCGACCAAUUACUGAGCGAAGCCCCAAGCUGGGAGAUCGUCGCUCCCCACGAGGUCCCCCUUCUGACUCACUGAACCAAAAGAAACUAGGAACUCGUAUUGCAGAUUUAGAAUCUCAACUUGGUCAAGCACAAGAAGAGCUGAAGAUUCUGAAAGGUCAGUUGGCUUCUGCUGAAGCUGCAAAGCAAGAAGCUCAACAAGAAUUAGAAAACAAAACAAAGAAACCGACUAUUCUAGAGCCUGAUGAAAUUCAAGAGAAGCAUCCUCCAGCGGAGAUUCAGGAUUCUGAGAAGGCAGAUGACAAUGUUAUAGAUGCAAACAAUCAGCAGGAAACUGAUGUUUUUGAAGUUCCAUUUGAAAAAGAGGCUGCUGACACCAAGGUUGAACCUGGCCACCUGCUUGAUCAUGAAGAAAAGGGGAACGGCGCAACUAAAAUUAUAACUGAGACGCUAUCAAUUUCAGAGCCUGUAAAGCCAUCAUUCAAUGACUUGGCUCUAAAAGACGAUGAGAUAAAUAUGCUGAAAGCCAAAUUAGAAAAGAAACAAAAUGAAUUGGAGGCAUUUGUUAAAGAGAAUGAAAAUUUGAAGAAUCUACUAAAUGGAGCAACUUCAAAUAUUUCAUCUGCUAAGGCAAAGGAAGAGGAAAUGUCCAUGAGAUUAAGUCAACUUGGAGAAGAGCUGGAACAAAGCAAAGCAAAUGAAGCUCAUUUAAAAGAGAAGCUGGAAUCUGCGGAAGGAGCAAAGGCAACGAUGGAAGCAGAGAUAAAGAAGAUGAGAGUGCAGACAGAGCAGUGGAGAAAAGCAGCAGAUGCAGCAGCAGCAGUGCUUGCUGGAGCAGUGGAGAUGAAUGGUAGGAUUACCGAGAGGUGUGGCUCCAUGGAUAAGCACUUUAGUGGUGUGUUUGGAACCACUGGCGGCGGUGGUGGGUACACUGGUUUGCUGGGAUCACCAGGAAUAUCUGAUGACUUGGGUGAUGGUUUUGGAAGUGGAAAAAGGAAGGGCUCUGGCAUUAAAAUGUUUGGAGACUUGUGGAAAAAGAAGAGCCAGAAAUAAAGAUAAUAACACAACAACCUCUAGUUGUUAUCUAUGUUUUGUAGGCAUUAUUCAAGUAUUUUGAGCUGUGUAUGUAAUGUAUGUCAAAUUCACCUUCAACUUGAACCUUUCCACUCCAGGGAUGAUCUUAAUAUUUUUUGCUUUGUUUGAAUGUUGGUUGGGCAGCCUCAGCCAGGUUGGGUUGAUCUCUAAAGUUAAUUUUAAAGUUA